GCUUUUAGCAUGGAGCUAAGCUUUUAUAGCAUCAUUGCUAGUUUAAGUCAAUAAAAUAAACAAUUAAACAAUUCAAAGGUCCAGCAGAACUCAUCUAAUCCAAGGAUUUAAUAUUUUAUCUGCUGUUGCUGUGGUCAUGGCGAGCACAGUGGACUUCAGGACCCACGUGGACCAGUCGUGCCGAUAUUCUGAGGAGUUUGUCAACAUUUAUUAUGACUGCAUGGACAAAAAGAGAAGGAAUCUGACUCGACUUUACCUGGACAAAGCCACACUGGUGUGGAACGGAAAUGCGGUGUCUGGACAGGAGGCUCUGGCUGAGUUUUUUGAGUCUCUUCCUUCCAGUGAAUUUCAAGUUCUCACAUCAGACUGUCAGCCAGUCCACGAACAAGCGACACAAGGCCAGACUACGCUGCUCGUGUUGACCUGUGGACUGGUCAAGUUUGAAGGAAACAAGCAACGUUAUUUCAACCAGAACUUUCUGUUAACGGCACAAGCUUCACCCAACAACGACCAGCCAGUUUGGAAAAUCGCCAGCGACUGCUUCAGGUUUCAGGACUGGAACAGCUGACGAGACAAAACCUUGAAUAUCUCACUCUCCACCAAUCCUCCAUAACUGUUGUUUGUUUGCAUUUGUACUCGUUUUUU